GCCAGGCUUCUUUCUGCAACAGGCGUGGGUCACGCUCUCGCUCGCUCUCUUUCUGCCGCCAUCUUGGUUCCGCGUUCCCCUCACACCGUUGCGCAGAGUUUUUAAGAAUAUUUGACUCUGGGUUGGGCAGCAGAACGGAUCCCAGUCAAUUCAGGCCUCCUUUUUAUUCCCCUCAGAAAUGCCUGGUGAAGCCACAGAAACCGUCCCUGCUACAGAGCAGGAGUUGCCACAGCCCCAGGCUGAGACAGGGUCUGGAACAGAAUCUGACAGUGAUGAAUCAGUACCAGAGCUUGAGGAACAGGAUUCCACACAGGCAACCACACAACAGGCCCAGCUGGCAGCAGCCGCUGAAAUCGAUGAAGAACCAGUCAGUAAAGCAAAACAGAGCCGGAGUGAAAAGAAGGCACGGAAGGCUAUGUCCAAACUGGGUCUUCGACAGGUUACAGGGGUUACAAGAGUCACUAUCCGGAAAUCUAAGAAUAUCCUCUUUGUCAUCACAAAACCAGAUGUCUACAAGAGUCCAGCUUCAGAUACCUACAUAGUUUUUGGGGAAGCCAAGAUCGAGGAUUUAUCUCAGCAAGCACAACUAGCAGCUGCUGAGAAAUUCAAAGUUCAAGGUGAAGCUGUCUCAAACAUUCAAGAAAACACACAGACUCCAACUGUACAAGAGGAGAGUGAAGAAGAAGAGGUUGAUGAAACCGGUGUAGAGGUUAAGGACAUAGAAUUGGUCAUGUCACAAGCAAAUGUGUCAAGAGCAAAGGCAGUCCGAGCCCUGAAGAACAACAGUAAUGAUAUUGUAAAUGCUAUUAUGGAAUUAACAAUGUAACCAUCUGAAAACGAGGACUUUUUUUGGUGUUUCAAAAGAAUAACUGCAGCUUGGUUUGAAAUUUGUACUGUUUCUAUCAUUAAUAAAGUUAUGGCUUCUUGUUGGAUGAA